ACCCGAAGCACCUAGACCGGGCUGACCGGGGUGGUAACCUGUAAUUAAUUUCCUAACCUAACAUAAGCAUCACUCCAUAAUGGACCCCCAUUUAUUAUCAACUCCCGGCCGUAGCCUCGUCUCGAGGGCUGCUGCCCGUCUACCCCCCGAAGGUAAACCAAACUCCCCUGCCUGAUAUUCUUUCUUUUUUUACAUCUCUAGUUGUUGUUUUGUGUCAAGCAAAUUCGUGAAUCUGUAAAUUGGCCAUGGCUCCCCUCGUUUGGUUCAUCACGGGCUGCUCCUCCGGAUUGGGCGAGUGCUUCGUCCGCGAAGUGCUGUCCCGCGGAGACCGCGUUGUUGCGACUGCCAGAGGUGACCCUACGCGCCUCAAACAUCUCGAGGAACUCGGCGCUCACACGAUGGAUCUCGACGUCACUGCCACGCAGGACGAACUGAACAGCAAAGUCAAAGAAGCGGUCGAAAGGGUCGAGCGUAUCGAUGUUCUCAUCAACAGCGCGGGAUACUUCGAGGCUGGGGUGACGGAGGAAGUGACUGACGAGACCUUCAAGUUGCAGUUCGAGGUCAACUUCUUUGGUGUUCUGAAGAUGACUAGAGCAGUCUUGCCGUAUCUUCGGAAGCAGAGGUCUGGCUUUAUUGCAUUCAUAGGCUCUCCGCUAGGAUGGAAAGGGGUUCCGGGGUCUAGCCCCUAUGUCGCAUCAAAGUUCGCACUCGAAGGUGUGGCCGAAUGUAUCAGAGGAGAGGUCGCCCAAUUUGGUAUCCGGACUACCAUCUUCGACGCGGGGAACUUCAAGACCCCUAUCCUGAGCCCUGAACGAAUCAAAUAUAGUCCUCAUACUAUAAAAGACUAUGCAGACACGAUGCAGACGUUCUACGGAAUCAUAGAUUAUCUUGAUAUGAAACAGCCCGGAGACCCGAAGAAGGGCGUGAAAGUCAUGGUCGACGUGAUCAGAGGUGAGGGUGUGUCGAAAGGCAAGCCAGCGCCGGAGAGACUGCCCCUAGGCACCGACAUGAUGGAAUAUAUACGCGGAAAAUGUAACGAUAGCCUAGCACUAUGCGAAGAGUGGGGUGAGAUUAGUCGCAGCACGGAUUUUGAUUGAUGAUAAUGACUCCGCAGUGUCGCAGUAUAAGACCGUGGGCAAGCACAGGAUGCUAGGAUUUUCCAUCUUCCCCUCCUUACCCCCCUUUUUUCUUUUACCUACUACGGUUACCUACCUACAUAUAUGUCGUAUGAUAGCUAAACGCUCAACCAUCUUUCUUGCCAAUAUAGCUGCGAAAUCGAGACUACCGUAAAUCAAGUAUUGCUGAGGAGAUGAUCAGAGCAAGAAUGACUAGGUACCUAGAUCCACUUAUUCCCGUAGCAGCACAGGCGACGAGCCCUAAGAUCUACAUAGUAGCACUCACAAGAGCUUGAUUGUAAUUGGCUACGCGCCCCUGCUGCUCAUAGGACUUGCUUUACAAGGAGUUAAAGGCCA